CUACCCUCUGGCCUCUUCUUAUAUGAUGAAGAAGUUCACCCACAAUAUAUCCGGAUCGUCAAGAACACACCCCUCAUGACGACAAGAAUGGCUGACUCUUAUCUUGUACUCCUCUUCCUACUAGUGUUCGUCACCUCCAACUCCAGCUCGCAAUCCAUGGCGCAGAUCACUGACGCAAGCGAGCUAGCAAUACUCCUAGCAAUCAAGAAAGGCUGGGGCAGCCCAUCUGCUCUCAGCUCAUGGAGCUCCCAGAACGCUUCCUACUGCAGCUGGGCAGGGGUCAGGUGCGUGAACGGCCAAGUGUCCGCCCUGUCCUUCCAGAACCUCAGCAUAGCCAAUCCAGUUCCAGUCCCAGCUGCUUCCAUAUGCAACCUCAAGAACCUGUCGUCUCUCGACCUUUCCUACAACAAACUCACCGGCCAGUUCCCCACAGCGCUCUACAGCUGCUCGGCUGCUCGGUUCCUUGACCUCUCCAACAAUCGAUUCUCCGGUGCCCUCCCAGCUGACAUCAACAGGCUGUCGUCGGCGAUGGAGCACCUCAACCUGUCGAGCAAUGGCUUCACAGGCAGUGUGCCCCGGGCGAUUGCCGCGUUCACGAAGCUGCGGUCCCUGGUUCUUGACACCAACAGCUUCGACGGGACGUAUCCGGGCUCGGCUAUCGCAGGCCUCAGCGAGCUCGAGACGCUAACUCUGGCAAAUAACCCCUUCGUGCCAGGCCCCAUCCCCGACGACUUCGGGAAGCUGACGAAGCUGCAGACACUGUGGAUGUCGGGGAUGAACCUGACUGGUCGCAUCCCCGACAAGCUGUCGUCGCUCACUGAGCUGACGACGUUGGCCUUGAGCGUAAACAAGCUUCACGGUGAAAUCCCGGCGUGGGUUUGGAGCCUCCAGAAGCUUCAGAUCCUGUACCUCUACGAUAACAGCUUCACCGGUGCAAUUGGGCCGGACAUCACCGCCGUGAGCCUGCAAGAGAUCGACCUCUCCUCGAACUGGCUCAACGGAACCAUACCGGAGAGCAUGGGCGAUUUGAGGGACCUGACGUUGCUCUUCCUGUACUUCAACAACCUCACCGGACCGAUUCCGUCGAGCGUGGGGCUUCUCCCGAACCUCACCGAUAUCCGGCUGUUCAACAACCGGCUCUCUGGACCCCUCCCGCCGGAGCUCGGGAAACACUCGCCGCUGGCCAACCUCGAAGUGAGCAACAACCUCCUCAGAGGCGAGCUCCCGGACACCCUCUGCCUCAACAGGAAGCUCUACGACCUCGUCGUCUUCAACAACAGCUUCUCCGGCGUUUUCCCGGCGAACCUCGCGGACUGCGACACGGUGAACAACAUCAUGGCGUACAAUAACCUCUUCACCGGCGAGUUCCCCGAGAAGGUAUGGUCGGGGUUCCCAGUCCUGACGACUGUCAUGAUCCAGAACAACAGCUUCACUGGCACUAUGCCCAGUGCGAUAUCCUCCAACAUCACACGGAUCGAGAUGGGGAACAACCGAUUCUCCGGCGACGUGCCGACCUCCGCACCGGGGCUGAAGACGUUCAAGGCGGGGAACAACCAGUUCUCCGGUACUCUGCCGGAGGACAUGUCGGGGCUAGCCAAUCUCAUCGAGCUGAACCUCGCUGGGAACACGAUAUCUGGCGCGAUUCCGCCUUCCAUCGGAUCGCUGCAACGCCUGAAUUACCUGAACUUAAGCAGCAAUCAGAUAUCCGGAGCGAUUCCGCCUGGGAUCGGGUUGCUGCCAGUGCUCACCAUCCUUGAUCUCUCCAGCAACGAGCUCACCGGAGAAAUACCCGAGGACUUCAACGACCUCCAUACCAGCUUCCUCAAUCUCUCCUCCAACCAACUCACCGGCGAGCUCCCCGAGUCGCUGAAGAACCCAGCAUACGACCGGUCGUUCCUCGGAAACCGUGGCCUCUGCGCCGCGGUGAACCCGAACGUAAACUUCCCGGCGUGCCGCUACCGCCGCCACAGCCAGAUGUCAAUCGGGCUGAUCAUCCUCGUCUCCGUGGUCGCCGGCGCCAUCCUCGUCGGCGCGGUCGGGUGUUUCAUCGUCCGGCGGAAGAAGCAACGGUGCAACGUGACGUCGUGGAAGAUGAUGCCGUUCCGCAAGCUGGACUUCAGCGAGUGCGACGUGCUAAUAACCAACCUCCGCGACGAGGACGUGAUCGGCAGCGGCGGCUCCGGCAAGGUGUACCGCGUCCACCUCCCCGCUCGCGGGCGCGGGCGCGGCUGCGCCGGCACGGUGGUGGCCGUGAAGAAGCUGUGCAGCAGGGGGAAGGCCGAGGAGAAGCUCGACCGGGAGUUCGACACGGAGGUGAAGAUCCUCGGCGACAUCCGGCACAACAACAUCGUGAGCCUCCUCUGCUACAUCUCGAGCGAGGACACCAAGCUGCUGGUGUACGAGUACAUGGAGAACGGCAGCCUCGACCGGUGGCUGCACCCCAAGGACAACGCGGCCACGGCGGCGCUGGACUGGCCGACGCGGCUGGGCAUCGCCAUCGACGCGGCGAGGGGGCUCAGCUACAUGCACGACGAGUGCGCGCAGCCCAUCAUGCACCGGGACGUCAAGUCCAGCAACAUCCUGCUCGACCCGGGGUUCCGUGCCAAGAUCGCCGACUUCGGGCUCGCCCGGAUCCUGCUCAAGUCCGGCGAGCCCGAGUCCGUGUCCGCCGUCAGUGGCACCUUCGGAUACAUGGCUCCAGAGUACGGACGCGGCGCCAAGGUGAACCAGAAGGUAGACGUGUACAGCUUCGGCGUGGUGCUGCUGGAGCUGGCGACCGGGAGGGUAGCCAACGACAGCAGCAAGGACGCCGCUGACUGCUGCCUGGUGGAGUGGGCGUGGCGGAGGUACAAGGCGGGGGACCCUCUCCACGACGUCGUGGACGAGACCAUCCAGGACAGGGCCGUUUACAUCGACGACGCCGUGGCCAUGUUCAAGCUCGGGGUCAUGUGCACCGGGGACGACGCGCCGUCCCGGCCGUCGAUGAAGCAAGUCCUGCAGCAACUUGCCCGGUACGACCGCACCGCCAGCGUUGCCGGCGCGUGCCAGGACGACCGCGGCGUCGAACUGGGACAUCUGCCCAAGGGAAAGCAAGGUCGUCACCAAGUUGCCAAGAGAUCGUUAGACGCCGGAUCAUUUUUGGGUGGCGACGAGGAGAGCGGCAACUUCGUGGCCCAUCCUGUUUAAAUUUUCAGUUUAACUUUACUUUUUCGGUAUGACGUUAAAUAUUUCUCGAAUGUAAAUUUUUGUGGCUUCCCGUAAUAUGUGCUGCGUGUACACGAUGAAGACGAUAGACAAAUUAGGGAUUUACUAAAAGUAAGUGUCUCAAUUUAAGUUUUUCAUACGAUGGUCAUUGCAUAUAUUCUAAACAAAAACCAUAGAUUUGGUUUCUCGUAA